AUGGAAAAAGUCCGAGCGCGUCUGCAGAAACGGCGUGAACAGGCUGAGGCCAAACGAUCUACGGAUAACUUACGUGCUCCAGUGAUUUGUGUGUUGGGUCAUGUGGAUACGGGGAAAACAAAGAUGCUGGACACUUUUUCUGCAGCUGCCUCCACUCUUUGUUAUCAUAUACAUAGUCUUUUAGAGGCUGUCUUUUGGGUCCUGACGGUGUUUGAUCGCUUUGCCAAGAGAAACUUGCGGUCACGUGGUUCCGCAUUAUGUGAUUAUGCAAUCCUGGUCGUUGAUCUGAUGCACGGGCUUGAACAACAAACACUUGAAUCGUUGAAAUUGUUGCGAAAAAAAGGGACUCCGUUUGUAGUCGCAUUAAACAAAGGGAUAAACGUAGCGUUGGCGAACGAAAAUCCCGAUCCAAGCGAGUAUUUCAGUAUGGUACCCACUUCCGCAUUUCUUGGCGAUGGCAUUGGUAAUGUUAUGGCCCAUAUCGUUAAUGAGUCGCAGAACAGGAUAGCUGAGCAGUUGGCAUUCUGCGAAGAACUUGAGUGUACUGUUAUGGAGGUAAAGAAAUGUGUCUUCAGUAUCUUCGUUUUCAGAACUAUUACUUAA